AUUAAGCCUCCAAUAGCCGGUGUUUAUAUCCUCGGCCGUCCUCGUCUCUGCACUGUCUCUCUUAUAAAAUAAAUAAGCAUCAUUCCCACGCGUGUCAAAUCAUCUGAUCUGACCCAGUCGAGAAGAAAUGCGCGUGUUUUAAUUCUGAUGAGGAUAUUAUUUUUAUUGAAUGGCGUUGUAGAGCUCAUCUCUGCCCGGCUGGAUUUGGAAAAGGAUUUAUCCUAUUUAGGAUAUUGUCAUUGGAGCUGAGGGAAACGCCAGUGACAGAAAAUCCAGUUGGAUUGACAGAAUCGGAAUCAAAACCAGGAAUCAUUAGGCAGAACUGGAAUCGGAACCAGAACAUUUCUUAUGAUACCCAACCCUACUUCCUAGUAACAGUGAUACGACGAUUUCUGCCAUUGUUUCUCACUGUGGUGCAAACAGAAAACAGCCUGAUUCAUAUCACACGACUGAAUCUGGUGUGAACACACGUGCUCAUGUUAAAGAUGUUGCAGUGAUCGCUGUGAGUUUCUGAAAUCGACGAUGGGGAUUUUUGCGAACCUGGCCUGUUUGGGUCCGGGCAGCUGUUACGGGAACAGUUCCAUAGAGUUCUGCUUCUCUGCACGGAUCCGCAGUACCGUACUACAGGGUCUGCCUUUCGGUGGAGUUCCCACGGUCCUCGCCCUCGACUUCAUGUGCUUCCUGGUUCUUCUGUUUGUCUUCUCAAUCUUGAGGAAAGUGGCGUGGGAUUACGGCCGUUUGGCACUGGUGACUGAUGCUGACAGACAGAAGAGAAGAUUCAGUGGCCUGGAGGAGCGCGAGUACGUGGCCUCCGCUCUGCAUUCUGAAACCCCGGACCGUUAUGAACGGCUGACCUCCGUGUCGAGCUCAGUGGAUUUCGAACAGCGAGACAACGGUUUUUGCUCCUGGUUGACAGCCAUAUUCAGAAUAAAAGAUGAGGAGAUCCGUGAGAAAUGUGGAGAAGAUGCAGUUCACUAUCUGUCCUUCCAGCGUCACAUCAUCGGUCUGUUGGUGGUGGUUGGAGUUUUGUCCGUCGGCAUCGUCCUGCCAGUUAACUUCUCAGGCAACCUGCUCGAUAAUAAUGCAUACAGCUUUGGACGCACAACAAUCGCCAACUUGAAUUCUGGGGAUAAUCUCUUGUGGUUGCACACGUCUUUUGCCUUCAUGUACCUGUUGCUCACCGUCUACAGCAUGAGACUCCACACGUCCAAGAUGCACUAUAAAGAAGAUGAUCUGGUAAAACGCACUUUAUUCAUCAACGGCAUCUCUAAAUAUGCAGAAGAGAGUCACAUCAAGCAGCACUUUGAACAGGCUUAUGAGAACUGUGUUGUUCUGGAGGCUCGGAUUUGUUACAAUGUGGCCAAACUAAUGGCGCUGAACGCUGAGAGGAAGAAAACUGAGCGCAGUAAGAAGUUCUUUACAGAUCUGAUGGCAAAGGAACACAUUCCCACCAUGAUCAACCCAAAACCCUGCGGUCAUCUGUGCUGCUGUGCCAUUACAGGCUGUGAAGAGGAGGAGGCUGUGAGUUAUUACACUAAACUGGAGGCCAAACUGAAGGAGGAAUACCGAAAGGAAAAGGAGAAGGUGAACACUAAACCUCUGGGAAUGGCAUUCGUCACCUUUCAGAAUGAGGCCAUGACUGCAAUAAUACUGAAGGACUUUAAUGCGUGUCAGUGUCAGGGCUGUAAGUGUCGACAGGAGCUCCGCUCAUCUCAGUUCAGUGAAAAUCUUCAUGUAUAUAACUGGAAUGUUAGUUAUGCUCCGGACCCUCAGAACGUCCGCUGGGAGCAUUUGUCUUUGGGAGGAGUUUCCUGGUGGCUACGCUGCUUCAUCAUCAACUGCAUCCUCUUCAUCCUGCUCUUCUUCCUCACCACACCUGCCAUCAUCAUCUCCACAAUGGACAAGUUCAACGUCACCAAACCUGUCGAGUAUCUGAAUAACCCUAUAGUCACUCAGUUUUUCCCCACCCUGUUGCUGUGGGCUUUCUCCGCCUUGUUGCCCACCAUCGUCUACUAUUCUGGCUUCUUUGAAGCCCACUGGACCAGGUCAGGGGAGAACAGGACCACGAUGCACAAGUGCUACACGUUUCUGAUCUUCAUGGUUCUUCUGUUGCCAUCUCUGGGUCUCAGCAGUUUGGAUGUUUUCUUCCGAUGGCUGUUUGACAAGAAGUUCCUGGCCAAUGCCACAAUCAGAUUUGAAUGUGUCUUCCUUCCUGAUAACGGAGCAUUUUUUGUGAACUACGUCAUCGCCUCUGCAUUCAUCGGGAAUGCCAUGGACCUGUUAAGAAUUCCCGGUCUCCUCAUGUACAUGAUCCGGCUGUGUCUGGCUCGCUCGGCUGCAGAACGACGCAAUGUCAAACGGCAUCAAGCUUAUGAGUUUCAGUUCGGAGCUGCUUACGCCUGGAUGAUGUGCGUUUUUACUGUCGUUAUGACCUACAGCAUCACCUGCCCAAUCAUCGUCCCAUUCGGACUGAUGUAUAUGCUCUUAAAACACCUGGUGGACAGGUACAACAUGUACUACGCUUACCUGCCCUCUAAACUGGACAAGAAGAUUCACUCAGGAGCUGUCAGUCAAGUGGUGGCCGCGCCCAUUCUGUGUCUCUUCUGGCUGCUGUUCUUCUCCACUGUUCGCAUAGGGUUUAGGACCCCAACGUCCAUGUUCACCCUUGUGGUUCUCAUCAUUACUAUAGUGGUGUGUCUGUCACACGUCUGUUUUGGACACUUCAAAUACCUCAGCGCACACAACUACAAGAUCGACACUAAAGACACAGAAGUUGACGGAAUGGAGAACGGCCGUCCUGCCAGAUCUUCACCCUCCAUCAAAUCUCAGCAGCAGAUGUACAUCGCCCAAGUCUUACAGGACCCAAACUCUGAUGAGACGGGGACAGGCAGCGGAGAGGACGACGGUCAGGGGUCUUCACAGGACGAGGAGAUGAUCAAUGGUGGAAACAGCCUGAAUGAAGCAGACUUUCAGUCUGGAGAAGACAGUCUCAUCGCCAAUGAAGUCCAUCACUAACCACAGCUGUGACAGGAGAGAGAGAGAGAGCCGGAGUAAAUCAACCAAACACAAAACUUUCAUCUGCACACGUCUGUCUGUCCCUAUUAAUGCUGUGAACUGAAGUCGCACCUUAGAAACCCACAAACACACUGUACAAAAGCACACGUGCACACAUCAAUGCUAACAUGCUUAUAAAGUCCAGCGCUUUCUUCACGGCUACACCGUAUGCAUUAACAGAGCCAUCAUGUGAGCAUACAGCAGCACAUAAAGAUUUGUGUUUGAAAUGCUUUAAAGUCUAUUGGGUUGUCUUACGUGAUGCACUCUUAUCGGUGUUGUCAAUGAAAACUUUUAGUUGGACAAAAUAAAGACGUGGAUUUCUUGUUGAUGGAUUUUAAUGAAUAUUAGCCAUCAGCCUCGAGAGAAGACAGAAACAGAUGAAGACUCUCCACGCUCUCUCCACCGCGCUCCCUUCUGUCCAAAAGUAUCUCAUGGUUCGCCUUAACAGCUAUAAUGUCAACAGCACUGCAGAAUUUGGCUUUGCUUUUUUGUUGUUGUUUUUUGCUGAAACUGAUGGAUUAACGUUCAUCUGGCAUUCCAAAGGAAAUGUGCAAUAGUGGAGAUCUUAAGAAGACACGCAGGCCCAUUUAACGUCCUGAAGGUUUCAGAAUUCGGCAGAAUUGAAAUCUCAACCCUUUAUUGGUUCACUGUACAGUAUUCUGCCUAAACACUAACACUACUGACUUACUAACUUUCUCUCUCCCACAUCCGUACUGCGGUCGCCAUGGAAACAACAUGGGCCAUGUCUUUGAGUUGACUCCAGUCUGAAGUGAUGUACAGUAUUUUCAGACGUGAUGAGUGUGAAAUGUGUGACUCUCUCAAGAUGUAACACUGACAUCUUUGUUGUUGUUGUGAUUGACUCAUAUUCUUGCGUUUUUGUUCCUGGUGGGUUUUUGGCUUUAAUUUUGUCUUGUACGCCUACAAUGAAAUCCUGAUGUUUUCAUUGUUGUAGCACAACAGAGUCCGUUCUGAACGUGAAAGCCUGAUCUUCUGGAAGAGAUUCAGGAGGUGCACUUCAGUGAUGAAGCACAUUUGAUCCAGACCGUGCAACGUUUAUCCCUUGUUUAGGAGCAUUGGAGGUCAUUUUUGUUGACUGAAUGGGAUGAAAUGGUUCAUCGGGGGCUUUCACUUCAACCCAUUAAAAGCCUCAAUAAUAUCUGCACAAAUACAUCACGUUUAACUUUGUGACGGAUGAAAAAUUGGCUUAGAAAACCUCUUAUCUUGCACUGAUUCUCAUGGGUGAUGUUUAAAGGGAUAGUUCACCCAAAAAUAAAACAUUCUGUCAUCAUGUUGUUACAAACCUGUAUUAAUUGCUUUGAUCUCAUGAACACAAAGUAAGAUGGUUUGAGGAAUGUUUGUAACUAAACCGUUCAUGAGUCCACAGUGGGAAAAAGAAUACUAUAGAAGUUAAUGGGGCUCACACUGCAAAUAAAUGGCUUUCUUACUUAGUAUUUUUGUCUUGUUUUCAGUACAAAUAUCUAAAAAUUUUUUAAAUUAACAUGCAUUUUCUUAAUGAGCAAAAUAAGUCUAGUUUUUAGACCAAAAUAUCAUAUUUGUGCUUAAAACAAGCAACAAAAUUUGCCAAUGGGGUAAGAAAAACAACUUUAUUCUUAAACACUUAAUUCAUUUAUUUUUUUCUUAGCCCAUUGGCAGUUUUUGUUUGCUUGUUUUAAGCACAAAUUCACUUAAAUUUUAUGUUUUUUGUCUAAAAACUAGACUUAUUUUCUUAGGUCAUUUUGCUCAUCAAGAAAAUGCAUCUUGAUAUAAAAAUGUUAGAUAUUUGUACUAAGAAAGUUUUGCAGGGCAAUGCAUGAAUGGUUUUGGUUGCAGUUUUUUACAGAUGCUAGGACACAUUUCUCAAUAUUUAGGUUACUUUUGCAAAACUCUUCACACAGUUCUCCUAACCAAUUUUCAGCUUGGCAGAGCAGUUCAUUUCACAUUCAAAAUGCAUUACAACUACCAAAACACUUUAUUCAGGUCUCAAAUCAACUCAUUUUUUCAGAACACUAGCAAAAGUUGACAGCCGACAAACACACUUUGUCACCCACAAAACAAUGACCUAAAAACCACUAACAACAUGUAGCAUUAUACAAUAUCUCUGUUUAUAAUUCACUGCAAUCUGUUACUGGAAUGAAUCAGACAUGAUGCAGAAUUCUUCAAUAUUUUAUGUAGUUUAUUUGUAGAGUAAUUCCAAAACACAAGAAUUUGUAUACACACCAUCCUCUGAUACAGAUACAAUAGUAAUGCUAAUCUACUCACUCUUUUCCAUUUAGCCGAUUGUUUUCAUAGCAUUUAUUUUUAAGAUUUAAAAUAUAUUAAAAUAUUACUGUAGAAAUUUAGCAAAUUGUUGUCUUAUUCAGUUUUGUAUUAUGCUAUUGUUUUGAACAUAAGUUUAACAGUUUUUAAACAGUAUGUAAGCAUCUGCAAAUUGGCCCGUAUGUAUAAAGAGUUUUGGCCGUGUGAAAAGAGUUCAUGAAAUUUGGGAGAUGUGGUCAUUGAAGGCAUUUUGUGCCAUAGCUAUGAUAAUUCAUCCUCAGUUUAGCCCACAUAGACUUCUGUUGUGCUCACUGUGUGAAGAGUUUUGCAAAAGUGACCCAAGUAUUGAGAAAUGUGUCCUAGCGUCUGUAAGAACAUUCCUCCAAAUAUUUUCUUUUGUGUUCAUUAGAACAAAGAAAUGUAUACAUGAAAGUGAGUAAAUGAAGAGAUUAUUUUUAUGUAAACUAUCCCUUUAAGUAAAAAGUGUUUGAAAACGACUACACUUUGACACCCCAACCAUCUUAAAACUAGAUGGUGAUGUAGAUGUUUAGUGUGAUACAGAGACAGAUGUAGCGGUCACAUGAAGCGUCACUGACUGAUAAUAUUUAACACCAAUGAAUGACUCGUUUAAUUUAGUUUGUGCUGGAUGUGAUCAUUUUUAAGGAAGUUGAUUUUCAUUUUUCACUUUUAUUGGAUGAAGCAUAUGUUGAUAUUCAGACAUACAGACAUCAGUCUUAAUGUGAUGUCUUAUUAAAAUUGAGAUGAGGUUGUGAGGUUUCAACUUUUUCUGCACUUCUGUUGCUUUAACUGCACAAAGUGAAUGUGGAUGCAGGAGAUGUUUGUUUGUUUGUUUGUUUGUUUGUUUGUUUGUUGGUACAAAAUGUCAUUUCACACUGAAAGUUUAUGAGGGUCAGUUUUUUUUUUAGGAAAGUCCCUCCCUUGCUAUUUUAAUAGAUAAAAAGAUAAGCUAGUGUUCAAAACUGAUGCUAGAUCAGAUGUGAAGGCGCACAACAUGAUUUCCAGAUCUGUGCUGUCUGUAAGUACAGUAUGGUUUGCACUGAAAGUGAAGGUCUUCAUAUACGUGUUACUUUAUUCUCAAUGUUCAGUGUCUCGUUGUGAAAUCUGGUGAUGAAGAUGAAGAUGUUUGAGGUUCUCUUCAGAAACACGCAAUAUAUUAAAAACUGAAUUGAGCAAAUAACACUAUGGUACUAUAAUUGCGCAGUAACUUGAGAAAUGAAAUGGAGCCGCCUCAGGUGUUCUUUAUUUUCCAAAAGAACAAAUCUGUUUACAUCUGUAUGUUUUCAUUAUCUGUCCUUUUCACCUGUUUUCCUUCAAAAUUCCAGAAUUCUGGUUGAUGAAGACACAAAGGUAACCUAUGAAAGCUGUAGCUGUGUUGUUUGUUAGAGGCGCAUUGACGAAUCCGUCACCAUUUGUCGAUCUGCCGUUUCAUCUUCAAAGGUUUUGUAGCUACAUGCUGGAGAUACUGAAGCAAAUUUGUGUCCUGGAAAUCUUCAAAGAUGAGUUUGUGGAAAAUAUUUGGUCCCGUUUUUGGGGUUUCACCUCACCUGCUUCUUAUUGAGUUAAUGCAGUGAAGGUCUCUUCAGGUUUUGGCAGUGAAGUAAAGAGCAGAUGGGUGAAGAUAUUCGAUUCAGUAUUUGAUACAAGUCAUGUAUUAAAGAUGUGUCAAAGCUAGCUGUGAUAAUUCUCUUGUUUAAUGGAUUUUAAUAGAUUUUUGGUUUGUUUGUUUGUUUGUUUGUUUUAUAACUAACUUUAAGCUAACAGUAAAUUUCUUUUAGAAUGAAAAGUCACAGACAUUAGUAGAUUUUGUACAGAGAUGACAUGAACGGAUGUUGGUGUUUUGCAAAAAAUGAGGAUGAAUGAUCAUGUUUGUACAAAGCGAUCUUUGCCAGCGCUCUACAGUAUGUUUGAAUGAAUAAAAAUGGGAUGAACUUCAACAGGACACCUUUUAAUUUCCUCUAAUCUGUUAACAUUACAGCUUUACGACAGCGAUUGGAUUCAUGUUCUAGGACUCGUGUGGUGUUCAUGACACUUUGUCCAGAGGACGUCCCUUUGCGGAAGCAUUUUAGUGUCACACUUUAAGUUCUUUGACGAAUAAAAACUGAUAUUCAUUCUGUG